GGUCCCGACCCCGACCGCAGCAAUGGCCAUGGCUAGAGUCUCGUCGCCCCGGAGCCUGGACCACAUCGACCUGUCCACUCUGAGGGAUCCGGCGGGGAUAUUUGAACUAGUGCAAGUCGUUGGAAAUGGCACCUAUGGACAAGUCUAUAAGGGUCGCCAUGUGAAGACUGGACAGCUAGCAGCCGUCAAAGUCAUGAGUGUUACAGAGGAUGAAGAAGAAGAAAUCAAAAUGGAAAUCAACAUGCUUAAGAAAUAUUCCCAUCACAGGAACAUUGCGACCUACUAUGGUGCAUUCAUAAAGAAGAAUCUUUCUGGUCACGAUGAUCAGCUCUGGCUGGUGAUGGAGUACUGUGGAGCAGGCUCAGUGACUGAUUUAGUGAAGAAGACCAAAGGUAACUCCUUUAAAGAAGACUGGAUUUCUUACAUCUGCCGUGAGGUCCUUCGGGGUCUUUCCCAUCUUCAUAUGCACCAUGUCAUUCAUCGGGACAUCAAAGGACAAAAUGUCCUCCUGACUGAAAACGCUGAAGUAAAACUGGUGGAUUUUGGAGUGAGUGCCCAGCUGGACCGGACCGCCGGUAGAAGGAACACCUUCAUUGGGACGCCAUAUUGGAUGGCGCCAGAGGUGAUUGCAUGUGAUGAAAACCCUGACUCGACCUACGAUUACAGAAGCGACUUGUGGUCCCUUGGAAUCACCGCCAUGGAAAUGGCCGAGGGCGCUCCGCCCCUCUGUGAUAUGCAUCCCAUGAGAGCUCUCUUUCUCAUCCCCCGGAAUCCUCCUCCCAAACUGAAAUCUCGAAAAUGGUCUAAGAAGUUCCUCAACUUUAUCGAAAAUUGCUUGGUUAAAAAUUACAUACAUCGUCCCUCCACCGAGGCUCUGUUGAGGCAUUCGUUCAUUCGAGAUCUGCCAAAUGAACGACAAGUCCGGAUCAUGCUCAAGGAUCAUCUGGAUCGAACCAAGAAGAAGAAAAGCGAUAAAGAUGAAACUGAAUAUGAAUACAGUGGAAGUGAAGGUGAAGAGGAGGAAGAGGAAGAGGAAGAGGAGGAAGAGUUAAAUGAAGACCAAGGAGAGCCCAGCUCCAUAGUGAAUCUUCCUGGUGAAUCUACCCUCCGAAGAGAGUUUCUCAGACUGCAGCAGGAAAACAAGAAAAGCCCACUUUCCAAGGAGCAACAACUGAAACGAGAACAGCAGCAGCAACAGCAACUGAUGUGGCAACGUUUGGAGAAGGAGCAGAGAGAACUACAGCAGAAGCAGCAAGAUCUGCAGCAGAAGCAGCAAAAUCUACAGCAGAAGCAGCAAGAUCUAAGGCAGAAGCAGCAAGAUCUGCAACAGGAGCAGCAAGCUCUGCAGAAGGAGCAGCAAGCUCUGCAGAAGGAGCAGCAAGCUCUGCAGCAGGGCCAGAAAGUUUUGCAACAAGAGAAGCAAACUCUGCAGCAGAGCCAGCAAGACUUGAAACAGGAGCAGCAAGCUUUAGAGCUGGACCAGAAAGAUCUGCAGCUGGACCAGGAAGCUCUGCAGCAGGACCAGAAAGCCCUGCAGCAGGACCAAAAAGCCCUGGAGCAGGACCAGAAAGCCCUGCAGCUGGACCAGCAAGCCCUGCAGCCAGACCAGCAAGCCCUGCAGCCGGACCAGAAAGCUCUGCAGCCAGACCAGAAAGCUCUGCAGCAGGAGAAACAGGCACCAGAGCUACUGCCUAAGCCUCAGAAACCUCCGCUAUUGCCAAAGCUGCAACUACCACAGCAACCAGAGCAUCAUCAGGAACAGCAGCCACCAAAACAGGAGCAGCAGCUACCAAAGCAGGGACUGCAGCCACCAAAGCAAGAGCAGCAGCCACCAAAGCAGGAGCAGCAGCCACCAAAGCAGGGGCUGCAGCCGCCAAAGCAAGAACAGCAGCCACCAAAGCAGGGGCAGCAGCCACCAAAGCAGGAGCAGCAGCCACCAAAGCAGGGGCUGCAGCCGCCAAAGCCUGAGCAGCAGCCGCCAAAGCCGGGGCAGCAGCCGCCAAAGCCGGGGCAGCAGCCGCCAAAGCCGGGGCAGCAGCCGCCAAAGCCGGGGCAGCAACUGCCAAAGCCGGGACAGCAGCUGCCAAAGCAGGCAUCCCGACAGCAGGUACAGCAAUCUCCAGACCAUCAUUGGUUGCAUUUUCCACCAAAGCCCAACCAUCACCACACACAGCUGCUACCAAAGCAUCUAGCCUAUUUCCAGAUACAGCAGCCACCACAUAUGUCAACCCAUCACCACACACAGCUGCUGUCCAAACAUCACCUACAGCAACCACCAAAGGUGUCGGUCCAUUACCAGUCCCAGCAUCCACCAAAAGUGCUAGUCCAUCACCAGGCGCAGCAGCCACCAAAGGUGCCGUCCCAUUACCAGUCCCAGCAGCCACCAAAAGUGCCACCCCACCAGCAGGCCCAGCAGCCACCCAAGGUGCCACCCCAUCUCCAGAUGCAGCAGCCACCAAAGGUGGUGCUCCACCAUGUUCCUCAGCCACUAAAGGUGACAGUCCAUCACCUGACUCAGCCAUCACCAAAGUCUCUCCAGCUGCCAGCUUAUCACCAGGGGAAGCAACUAUCUCAUCCCCAGUCGCCACAGCAAUCAGCUCAGCAGCUGACCCAUCGCCAGUUGAGGCAGCCAUAUCAACAGCCCCAACAACCAACCCAGCAGCUUUCACAGCAAGUGGCCCAGGUGAAACAGCGUCCACAGCAGACACAACUGCAACCAAAGCAACAACAGCAGCAGUUCAAAGACCAGGAUAAGACCAAGGAUCCAGUCCUGACUGAGUGGCAGAAAAGCAAGGAGCAACAGAAAGAGCAGAAUAAGAAACCUGAGGAUAAAAAAGCAGAAGAUGCUCCACAGGUUAAAAGAUAUCAUCGAACCCUUCCCAAAGAUCAAGCUCAGCUCUUAUUUCUACAAUAUGAUCACAAGCCACAGAACAAAGAAACUUCAAAGGCUUUGAAAAAGACUCCGACUUCUUCCCCAAGCACUUCAAAGAAAGAGAUGAACACUAAGACAAAGAAAUCUGAUGGUGCCCAGACACCUUUUAAUUGGACCCUUGCUCUUGCCCAUGACUCUGCCCCCCAAAUUCGAGUGAUUUCUGGCAGUAGCUCUAGUCCUUGUACACCAGCUUUGCAGAGGACAGGAAUAACAAAGAAUGAGAACCUUCGACUGAGUAAAGAAAACCAGCACAGCUACUCCCUCUCGGACAUGGCCAUCAGACCUAAAACCGCGGGGCAAGAUGAUGUCUUUAGCAGCAUUUCCCCAGCUGAAGAUCAGCCUCCAAAGGUCCCAGAAAGAACGACCUCAAGAUUCCGCAGCAAGGAUAUCAUCAACCAGGCCCGUCGCCACCCAAUUAGUUCACAGCAGCCGUCCUCUGGGGGAUGGGCUCAGAAGCCAAAGAGUGGCAGUAAAGUCACUGGCAACAGACAGUGGGCAAUGGAAUGUCGUGUGACCAACAGACCAACAUCAGGCUCUUCCAGGCAUGAACUUCCCCUGACCAGAGUCCUGGAGCCACUGUACAAAAAUGGUGAACGUCCCCCUCCACCGGUGCAGAUCCUAACUCCUGGUUUCUUUAGGGGAAAAGAUAUCAGACUGUUCUUAAACGCCUCUGAAUUUUCAUCCUCCAGUGAUGAAAUUUUUAGCAGUGAUGAGGAAGAAUACGGUUAUCCAAGGCACCCCUUAAGCAAUGGAGGAUUGAAUUUCUCCAGGAGAAGGGCCCCAAAGGGACAAGAGAUGAAAGCCAAAAGCAGAGGAGUAGAAUCGAAGGUUUUUUGUUGCUGUUAUGAAGAUGGUCAAUCAAAAAGAAGCAUUUGGUCAAACGUGACUUUACUGUCAUCCUCACGUAUGAUGACAAGCUCUAAGAACAAGACAUCCAAGAGCAUCUCCUCUUCCACUUCAUCAUUCACCUCGUUUUUCGAUCCCAGACUUCUACAGUUCACGCCUCCUAUCAGCCCUUCAAGACGCAUCUUUGGCUCCUGUGAAGAGAAAUCUGGAUUUCGUCGUAGGAAAUCGAGGAAAACCUCUGUUGUCAACGUCAAUCCUAUCAACGCUCGCCCCCACAGCGACAGUCCUGAAAUCCGCAAAUACAAAAAGAAGUUCAGCUCAGAGGUCCUCUGUGCAGCUUUGUGGGGUGUCAAUCUGCUGGUAGGAACGGAGAAGGGGCUGUGGCUGCUGGACAGAAGUGGCCAAGGAAGAGUUUACUCUCUGAUAAAUAGACGCCGAUUCCAGCAAAUCGAUGUCCUGGAAGGGCUCAAUGUGCUGAUUACCAUUUCAGGAAAGAAGAAUAAGCUGCGAGUGUACUACUUGUCCUGGCUGAGAAACAAGAUUCUGCGUAAUGAUCCUGAGAUGGGAAAGAGGCAAGGUUGGAUCUCUGUGGGAGACCUGGAAGGCUGUGUGCACUACAAAGUUGUUAAAUAUGAGAGAAUCAAAUUUCUUGUCGUCGCUUUGAGGAAUUCAGUUGAGGUCUAUGCGUGGGCACCAAAGCCAUACCACAAGUUUAUGGCCUUUAAGUCGUUCCCCUCCCUUUAUCAGAAGCCUCUGGCAGUUGACCUCACAGUGGAAAAUGGACAGAGACUGAAAGUGAUCUACGGCUCAGUAGCAGGAUUCCAUGCCAUUGAUGUUGAUUCUGGGAUGGUUUAUGACCUAUACCUACCAACUCAUCUCAUGGGAGUACCAAGGCAGCACAUUAAAAUCACUCUCCGCCUCUGGAUCCCAGUUUUAGUUUUGCGGAUAGUAGCAGCCGAGACAUGGACUCAAGCACUCGGCCUGAGUGCUCUCGGUUUGGCAAGGACGGCUCCUGCCCUCUCUGUGGUGAUCCCAGGAACCAUUCAACCACAUACUAUCAUCAUCCUGCCCAAUACCAGUGGCACAGAGCUUCUGCUCACCUACGAAGAUGAAGGCGUCUAUGUUGACAUAUAUGGACAUUUCACCAAGGAAUCAAUUUUGCAGUGGGGAGAAACUCCAGCAUGUGUGGCCUAUCUCCAGUCAAACCAGGUCAUGGGCUGGGGAGAAAAAGCAAUUGAGCUCCGCUCUGUAGAAGCUGGAAACCUGGAAGGAGUGUUCAUGCACAAGAAAUCCCAGAAGCUCAAAUUUCUGUGUGAACGAAAUGACAAGGUAUUCUUUGCCUCUGUCCAAUCUGGCUCCAGUCAGAUUUAUUUUAUGACCCUUGGGCAAAAUACGCUCUUCAACUGGUAAAAGCCGGAAGAAAUGGUUGGAUAUUUCCAGAGAUUGAAACCAUGUCAAAUACAAUGAAGUUUGCACACAUGCACACAUUUGCACUUUUCAUCUGCAAAUAUCUUGUCAUUCAUUCAGUUAUCUUUCCGUUCUAUUGUUCAGGAAAAUGAUGAAAACAAACUUUCAGCUUAUAAUGUAGCAUAGAGUAAUUCCGAUGAGAAAUGUAGCUCAUAGAGAAUUAUUGCAAGCUCUAUAUACUCUCAAAGGGGUGUGCUCUCUUUUAUAGAAUUAUUUUAAGCUUUAUUACUUUAACUUUUGAUGUAUUAACCUUUAUUUACUUAGUAACUCUGUGUGGAUUUUACAGUGUAGGAUUCGUAAAAACCUGCUGCAAAUUUUAUUCCAGGCAAUUUUGGGAACUAUUGGCAUUGUUUUCUCCCCAGAAGAAAAAAAAAUUAUGCAAAUCAGAAUUAAUUUUUUGAAAGGUAGAACCAAAUGCUAAGUCAUAAGAUAGGGAUAAAAAAGAAACGAUAUCAUGAACUAAACAAAGGUAGUGCUUUCAUUUCAAAAGCACACAAUAACAGAACAGGAAAACGUUAAUCCUUUUCCUCCUUGCAGAGUUUAAUGAUGUAGACAUUGAACUUUGCCAAGACACAGAGUAAUAAUUAUCUAUCUAUAUUAGUUUUUCCCCAUAUUAUACCCAUUUCCCUGUAGUGUAGAGACUUUUCCUCUGAUACUUGGUCUCCCGUGAUCCUUAGCACCUCUCAUUGAUGGUUUAAAAAAAGAGGCUCUCAAAUGUUGCAUAGGCAACGGCUGCGUUGACAACUCACGAAGGAUAUACUUGUAUUCUUGGCCUGCUAGACAGAAACUACAAAAUUUUAAAUUGGGUAUGUAUUAAAGUCUCACCCCAAAGAAAGACCGACAUCACACUUCUGAUCUGUUCUACGUUCAAAAUUGCCCUCCAAUUAUUGAAAACAGCUGAAAUCUAUUCCUGAUGAUUGUUGAGUAGAAGAAAGUCAAUAUAGUGAAUUAGAUCGAGUCUGGGCCCUAAAAAAACCUGCAAAUGACACUUAGCUGGGAGUGCCUGGACAAGUCACUUAAUCUCCUUGAGUCUUGGGCAAUUCUAGAUCUGUAGUCAGGAGAUUGGAGUUCGGAUUCCGCGUCUGCCAUUUAACACCUAUGUGACCUUAGAGAAAUCACUUAUCUUUCCCUAGGUCUCACUUUCCCCAUGUUCUGGGGUCCUUCUAGCUCUAGAGCUAGAAUCCUAUGACUACAAAUUAUGAAUUGUUCAAGCAGAGAGAAUUUCCAUACAAUUAUAGUCACCUAUUAUUGACUAAAGUGAGGCAGAUGGCCUUGCCCAGCCCUCCCUCACUUAAACCCAAAUCACUUGCAUGCCAUGGCCUUCAAGAAUGAAGGACAAACAACAAUCGCUAAGUAUUAGCUGUCGUUUGUGUCUUAUAAAUCAGGCCACUCCAACAUGUGUGUCAAGGCUACUGGUUGUCUUUUUACAGCUAUGCACGUUGCCAAA